CAGACAAAAGUUAUUUCGAUCAUUUCUUGGUCUUGAUGGACUGGACGAUGCGGUUGCAACAUUCGUUGAGGACCUGAACGAGAAAUCACUUGGUUUUAACGUCUCACAAACCUGUUUAACAAGGGUCGAACAUUUCCUUACCGGGAUUCAGAAGAGGCAGAAGUGGGCUCUACGAAUGCUGGAUGCCACGGGUAAAAUGGGAAGCGGGAUGUUAGACGGCAAUACGCGUUGGUACGGCUCGUACAGCGAGUGCAACAAAGUUCAGGCCAGUUUACAUUACAACGAUAGCGCUGGCUUUAAUUCUAGUCAGAGUUUUGAAGUUAAGGAUUCCUUCGAGGGACAGUACUGUACUGCAAAGUUUUCUGUGCCUCAAAGUCUUGUUGGCCAUUCCGUGUCACUAACUCUGGGGAUCUGUGUCCCAAGUGGCUGUAGUGGGGAAGAUAUCAGAACCAUAGUUGAUAACAUGUUAAAUCUAAAGAUGGUGCCCGUUUCCUGCAAACCAAAAGAGCUACCUUGGACUUCCGGUGCUAUUGCAGCAUUGUGUAUAACUGGGACACUUUUGCUCUUGGUCUUAUUGGCCACUAUGUAUGACGUCAUCGAUCAAAGGUUGCUGACGUCAGGGACAGCACAGCAGGUUAUCCCAUGUGACGACACAGGGGAAAGGGUUUCUACAGUUCAAGGAGAUGGCUACUCCGCUAUAUCUCCGUCUUGUAAUCUACCUGCCCCACCAAGAGAAAAAGGCAUAAUUCACAAAGUCAUUAUAGCCUUCUCUGUGUACACCAAUGCAGCCAAGGUCCUAAGUGCCAAGCAACCGUCUGGUGCUCUGAAUUGUCUCAAUGGUAUCCGGUUCCUCAGCCUAACUUGGGUUAUUUGGGGUCAUACGUUCUAUGAUAUGUUUGGUCAAGUUAAGAAUAUUGCGUACUAUGAGUACGGCCUUGUACAGCGCAAGUCCAUGCAAGUAGUGCUCCAAGCGACUUGUGCGGUUGAUACAUUUUUUGUCAUGAGUGGCCUACUUGUCACAUAUCUAGCCAUGCGUGAAAUGACGAAGGGAACAUUAAGAGGAAAACUGCGCAUGCUCAGGAUAAACUGGGGAAUGUAUUAUUUCCACAGGUUUUGGAGGCUGACCCCGCCGUACAUGUUAGUGAUAUUGGUGUACGCCGCAACGUGCAGAUACUGGUCUAAUGGACCUAUGUGGGCAGGGGAAAGUGUGGCAAAAUACUGCAGAGAUUCCUGGUGGACUAACUUACUAUACAUCAACAAUGUAGUGAACACUGACAAGAUGUGUUUGGGAUGGUCGUGGUAUUUGGCCAAUGACAUGCAAUUCUUUGUGAUAACACCUUUUAUCUUACUGCCUCUGUUUUGGAGUAGGAUUGCCGGCGCAGUCAUCAUGUUUCUGUUAUUGCUAGGCUGUUGGAUAUCAUCUGGUUUCGUCUCGGCCUACCAUGAGUUUGGACCCGGUGGAAUGGAAUUGAAUACGGGAGAUAUCCGCAACUAUUACUACCACAUCAUGUACAUCAAGCCUUGGUGUAGAAUAGGACCAUACCUUGUAGGAAUGGCAACUGGAUAUGUACUACACGUCACUCAGUGCAAACCCAAGGCAAACUGGGUCGUAGCAUUGGUUGCCUGGGCUGUCACCAUAGCGAUAUUAGCCUGGUUAGUGUUUGGUCUGUAUGGUCACAUCAAUGGUCAUCCGUGGAAUUACCAGGUGGCAGCACUAUACAAUGCCACGUCCAGGACACUAUGGGGCGCAUGCGUAGCUUGGGUGAUCUAUGCCUGCUGCACCGGUUAUGGGGGUAUUGUCAAUGAUAUUUUGUCCUGGAAUGCUUUCGUACCUUUAAGUCGACUGACCUAUUGUGCCUACCUUGUCCACCCCAUUAUCAUGUCUGCGGUCUAUCAGAUGAAAGAGGAAACUAUUUUUGCAACUGACAUGACCAUGACUUAUUAUUUCUUCGGGCACCUCGUGAUGUCAUACGGUUGCGCCUUCGUGGUCUCCAUGGUGUUUGAGGCGCCUAUGUUAGGAUUGGAGAAGGCCAUUCUGUAGGGCGGACAAUAAACUGACUAUAUACAGAGCAGACUAUAUACAGAGCAGAGGGGUCGUAUCGUGUUGGCUCAACAAAUGGUUCUGCUGUCAUUUCGUCUUAUGCUUUGCAACAUUGUUUACAUCUAACUGGAAAUUUACAAAAUUCUUAAGAAACACUGGGAGUGCUUGCUUCAAUACACAAACAGAAUGAUAAAAAAAUGAAAGACGUUGCCGUACAAUUUUUAAUAUAUAGUUUGUUGGUUUCUACACGAGGUACAUUGCAUUUCUUUAGAUAAAUGACGCUGUGCGUAAUCAGAAUGGCCAAUGUAUUUUUGUUUGAUUUCAUGACAUAUAUAUUAGUGAUGCACUAGCUUCUUUCCACUCACGUUCAUUGUUCACGUUCACGUUAAAUGAACAGUCAAUACAACAAUUGAUUGUGUUUAAA